AUGAAAAAGCCCUCAUCAGCUUCAAGCUCUUUCUCAACGAACAUUCAAUACCAACACACCAAAUUUCCUCCGAUUCAUAAACGAGCAUCUUCAUCACAAGCUUCACCUCAGAGUGGCCUCAAUAGUAAUUGCUCUACACCAAAAAACGCAUUGACCAAAAGACCCACAAGUGCAGAAUCUUCUUCCAGUAAGCACUCUGCACAAAGUUUUGAAUUACCCAUCGGAGCCUUCUUAACAUCUUUGCCUUCUUCCAAGCUGAAUUCUCAUAGAACGCCAGGAACAAAACGAACAAUAAGUACUCCUGAAUCAUCUCAAUUAAGUGUGAAUGUGUCCUUGACAAGCUUGGAGCACAUUCCUUUGGGUACAUGUCGAUCGGAGUGUCCCUCUCCGGUCACAAAAAAUGUACACGAUGAUGAUUGCAUUUCUGUUUUAGUGAAUCAAAAAUCGAUGACCUGA